AUGGGUAAGGAAGACAAGACUCACAUCAACGUGGUCGUUAUCGUAAGCAGCCUUGCUCUACUCUUCAUCUCUCGCCACGUCGACUCCGGCAAGUCUACCACCACUGGUCACUUGAUCUACCAGUGCGGUGGUAUCGACAAGCGAACCAUUGAGAAGUUCGAGAAGGAAGCCGCUGAACUCGGCAAGGGCUCUUUCAAGUAUGCGUGGGUUCUUGACAAGCUCAAGGCCGAGCGUGAGCGUGGUAUCACCAUCGAUAUUGCCCUCUGGAAGUUCGAGACUCCCAAGUACUAUGUCACCGUCAUUGACGCUCCCGGCCACCGUGAUUUCAUCAAGAACAUGAUCACUGGUACUUCCCAGGCUGACUGCGCUAUUCUCAUUAUCGCUGCCGGUACUGGUGAGUUCGAGGCUGGUAUCUCCAAGGAUGGCCAGACCCGUGAGCACGCCCUCCUGGCCUACACCCUGGGUGUCAAGCAGCUCAUCGUCGCCAUCAACAAGAUGGACACCACCAAGUGGUCCGAGGCUCGUUAUCAGGAAAUUAUCAAGGAGACUUCCAACUUCAUCAAGAAGGUCGGCUACAACCCCAAGACCGUUGCCUUCGUCCCCAUCUCCGGUUUCCACGGCGACAACAUGCUUCAGGCCUCCUCCAACUGCCCCUGGUACAAGGGCUGGGAGAAGGAGACCAAGGCUGGCAAGUCCACCGGCAAGACCCUUCUCGAGGCCAUUGACGCCAUUGAGCCUCCCAAGCGCCCCACCGACAAGCCCCUCCGUCUUCCCCUCCAGGAUGUGUACAAGAUCGGCGGUAUUGGAACUGUCCCUGUCGGCCGUAUCGAGACUGGUAUUAUCAAGCCCGGUAUGGUCGUUACCUUCGCUCCCUGCAACGUCACCACUGAAGUCAAGUCCGUGGAAAUGCACCAUGAGCAGCUUUCUGAGGGUGUCCCCGGUGACAACGUUGGUUUCAACGUAAAGAACGUUUCCGUCAAGGAAAUCCGUCGUGGCAACGUCGCCGGUGACUCCAAGAACAACCCCCCCAGUGGUGCUGCUUCUUUCGAUGCCCAGGUCAUUGUUCUCAACCACCCCGGUCAGGUCGGUGCUGGUUAUGCUCCCGUCCUCGAUUGCCACACCGCCCACAUUGCCUGCAAGUUCUCUGAGAUCCUGGAAAAGAUUGACCGACGUACCGGCAAGGCUGUUGAGACCAACCCCAAGUUCAUCAAGUCCGGUGACGCCGCCAUCGUCACGAUGGUGCCCUCCAAGCCCAUGUGCGUUGAGGCUUUCACCGAGUUCCCUCCCUUGGGACGUUUUGCCGUCCGUGACAUGCGUCAGACCGUCGCCGUCGGUGUCAUCAAGAGCGUCAAGAAAUCCGAGGCUGGUGCCGGUAAGGUCACCAAGUCUGCUGCCAAGGCUGGCAAGAAAUAA